AGAGGUUUCUCAAACGGCUAGGCGCUAACCCUCUCAUUUCGAAUUCUCAUCUUCAGACUGCAAACGCAGGCCAACACCACCACCCCACUUCUCUCCCUUCUGUAUCUGAAGAUCCAAAUCCCUAACGAGAAUCCGAGGAAUUAGUAGUUUUUGUUGCUGAUUUCUCCGAGAACUUGGAAUGGAACUGCCUCAAGAAACGGAAGAUUACAUCCGGGAAUCGAUUGAUGACAGCGUGGGCCUGCCGGUGUCAUCCGGCACUAUUCUUCAUAAACUUCGCGCCGUCGAAGCAUCGCAUAUGCAACUCCGCCACCAAUACCUUUGUCUCCAAUCCAAGCUGAAAGAAAAAGAUGAGAUCAUCGAGCGAUCUAGGGCUGAAGCGAGUAUGAAUGCAGUGGCUUUGAAGAAGUUCGUGGAGGAAAACCAGAAACUGGCUGUGGAGUGCUCUAAUUUGUUGGCGGCUUGCAACAAGUGGGAGAGGGAGUGCUCGCUUUACGACCACGAUCGCGAGGCUUUAAUGGAUUUUGCGAACGAGGCCGACGAGAGGGCUAAGGAAGCUGAGAUGCAGAACUUUGAUUUGGAGGAGGAGAAGAAGAAAUUGGAGGAAGAGUUGAAUUUCUAUAAGUUUCGAUCGGAGCAGCAGUUGGAUGAGGUGUCUACGGAUGACCUGCAUGAGGAACAAAUUUUACUAGAUGCACUGCUGACUGCUAUGUUUGGCAAGGAUGAGACUACAUCAACCGCAAAUAGCUUUUUGGAGGCACAUAGUGGAAUUAAAGAAUGCCAAAAAUUACUCAAGAUGUGGACUAGCUUGAAGCCUUUAACCCAGAAGGUUGUAGCACUGGCAGCAGAGGCAAAAAACCUAGAAAAAGACAAGGAUCAUCUAACAAUUAACCUUCGUAGAGCUGAGGAGGAGGUGAAUGUUCUGUUUGAAGAAAACAACAUCCUAAACGAGGAGAAUAAAAGGUUGAUAAGGCUAUGCCACAGGGAAAAGCAUAUUAGUGGCUCUGGUGGAGCUUCUGGAAAGGGAAAGCGAAAAUCAAGCCCUAAGCUGAACAACCCAGUGGAGAAGAAAAUCGACUUUGGUAAUCUGGAUCCGCAAAGACAGCCUCUUUCACCACUGCAAUCCAGCUCACCUGAAUCAAGAAUGCGCAAGAAGUAGAACAAAGAUAUGUUGUUGAAUUUUCUGUAACUGUUGUUAGGAAGAAACAAUUGAAAUCAUGAUCUUAACAUGAUUUCACCCCGAUUCUUUCCUUGACGAUACGAUACACGGCCCUUGAGAUUUCGGUCUGUCGAAACCUGGGUUUUAAUUGCAUGGGAGUAUCUCUUACAUGUCAACUCAAAACCUGGUGUAUGUAGGAGAGUGUCCUAAAUGCUAAUUAUGUGAGAAUUUCUGAACGUCUUACUGUAGCGAUAGUUAUUUUGUCCUUGCAUUGUUCCGGAAAAGCAUUGCAGUUGACGGCCGACAUUAGAUUUUGGGUCGGAGAAGUACUCAAGGGGAAUUUGUACUUAGUACCAUUGCAUGUUGGUUGCUUACAAAAAUUGUCAAUGAGGUCUAGGAAUAAAA